ACGCUUGAUCAUAUCACGCUGAAGUUUCAGCACUUGAACGUUUCUACUUCCGGUUAUCUUGACGCAACCUCUAUGUACCCAUCCGGGGCUUACUGUUCUUUCGUGUUCCCUUCUCCAAACCGAACGACCUCCAUCAAAGCAAUUUCAUUGGAUGCGACAAAUUACUACUGACUGGAGGCCAAAGCAAUCCAAAACAUCAAGUCAAAGAGUAGAACGUGGAAAAUGAGGAGAGGAAAUCCAGAUCACGACGAACAUCUGGGGGAAAAAAUCAAGGUUCCCAUUCACCGGCGGAUAUUGGCCAAAACAAGCCCUACUACUGUGGGACCAUGGGACUUACGAGGAAAGUCCCGCAGACGUCACUGUAGAAGAUCUUCACCCCGAGAAGCACGACCCCCUCCACGUUAAACAGGAGGAGGAGUACGACAUACCAUGGAUCAAACAGGAGGCUGAGCCAGAGACCCCUGACAUUAAAGAAGAAAAACAGGAAGUUGAAAUCCUCAAGUUUCCAAUGGGUGUCAAUGUGAAGAGCGAAGAAAACGAAGGACCAAGCGAAGAGAGCGGAGGAGCGAACCCUUUGAGCGACAGCUCACUUCAGCACGUGACAACAAAAGGAGAGGGACGAUCGCAACCGGACGGCCUCUUUGCUCCGCUUUCGGACAGCGACGAUGUAACGUCACAUUCCUCUGACUUUAAUACUGAUGAGGAGGAGGAUGACUUUGACCAAAAUGCUUCAAACCCCUUAGACAAGUCCUCAUUUAAAAGAUACUCAAAAGAAUGUGCGGUUGGGAAAUCUUUUCACUGCUCACUUUGUGAUAAAACAUUUUCAUGGAAAUGAAAUUUAAAAGUACACAUGCGUACACACACUGGAGAGAAGCCUUUUGCCUGCACACUUUGUGGUAAAAGAUUCCGUUGGAAGAGAGAUUUAAACAAUCACACCAGAACACACACUGAGGAGAAGCCUUUUGUCUGCACAUGUUGUGGUAGAAGAUUCAUCGAGAAGGGAGGUUUAAACAAACACACAAGAACACACACUGAAGAGAAGCCUUACGCCUGCACACUUUGUGAUAAAAAAUACUUCACAAAGAAAGGUUUAAACCUUCACACAAAAAAACACACUGGAGAGAGGCCUUUUGCCUGCACAGUUUGUGGUAAAAGAUUCAUCAAGAAGGGAGAUUUAAACAGACACAUAUUCAUACACACUAAAGAGAAGCCUUUUGUCUGCACAUGUUGUGGUAAACGAUUCUCUCAGAAGGGACAAUUAGUAUUGCACACAAGAAGCCACACUGGAGAGAAGGCUUUUGCCUGCACACUUUGUGAUAAAAAAUUCUUCAGGAAGGAAAACUUAAACAUUCACACAAGAACACACACUGGAGAGAAGCCUUUUGUGUGCACGUGUUGUGGUAAACGGUUCACUCAGAAGGCAUAUUUAGUAUUGCACACAAGAAGCCACACUGGAGAGAAGCCUUUUACCUGCACACUUUGUGAUAAAAAAUUCUUCUGGAAGGCAACAUUAAACCGUCACUCAAGAACACACACUGGAGAGAAGCUUUUUGUGUGCACGUGUUGUGGUAAACGAUUCACUCGGAAGGCAUAUUUAGUAAUGCACACAAGAAGCCACACUGGAGAGAAGCCUUUUGCCUGCACACUUUGUGAUAAAAAAUACUCCACAAAGGCAGGUUUAAACAUUCACACACGAAACCACACUGGAGAGAAGCCUUUUGCCUGCACAGUUUGCGCGAAAAGAUUUAAUCGUAGGAGUGAUUUAGAAAGACAUAAGCGCAAACACACUGAAAUACAUAAUGAUAUGAAAUGACAUGAAGAACGAAAUUCUUUUUCACAACUAUCCAAGAUACAGUAUAUGGCGGAAGACACAAGGCUGAAAAAGCUAUUUCUGCUCUUGCACCCCUCUUUAAUAAAAUGCUGUAUUGUAAGCCAAAAGAACUGUUGUGUUUGAUAGAACAAUAUGUUUAUUUGCUGCUAUAGCAGUUUCAUGACGCAUUUAUGCCCCCGGACUAUUUUUAAUUUAUCAGUUUUACGUCUUCGCCGUGUAGUAAAGCAUUAUUUUUUAUUAUUUUGACCAUGUGUCAGCUACGCGCUCCUCCGGCGGUCAUUGUCCAGCUGCUUCCACGCAAACGAGCCCUCCGCCCUCAGCAGGGGAACGACGAGCUCUAACUUGCUCACCGUCGGGCGGGUUGCCGAUCGGCAAAGACAAUCGACAACCCUGCUGCCGUGUGAAAUGAUCCAGGCUAGUUACCGUAAUUUUCAGACUAUUGAGCGCCCCUGAUUACAAGCCUGACCCAGUACAUUUUUAAAGGAAAAAACAUUUUGUACAUACAUAAGCCUCUCCUGUUUAUAAGCCGCGUGUGCCCACAUAAUAACAUGAGAUAUUUAUGAAGAAAUACACAGAGCUUUCUGAGUUUUAAUAACAUACUUUAAUGAAUUGGGUUAUAAACAUAGCACGCGACUUAAGGGAGUAAGGGAGGUGCGGAAAAGAGGGAGACGUGGCUUCCUGCUGUUGUGGGGGGGGGGUGCUCGCAUCGGCUGCAGAGAUUAUCAGUGGUCUUGUAUGUCUUUUAUUUUCUAAUAAUCGGUCCCACAGUUGAUUUCUUUACACCAAACGUUUUACCUAUUGCAGAUUCAGUCGUCCCAGCCUGGUGCAGGUCUACAAUUGUGUCUCUGAUGUCCUUCGACUGCUCUUUGGUCUUGGCCAUAGUGGAGUUUGGAGUGUGACUGACUGAAGUUGUGGACAGGUGUCUUUAAUACCGAUAAUGAGUUAAAACAGGUGCCAUUAAUACAGGUAAUGAGUGGAGCCUCGUUAGACUUUGUUAGAAGUCAGAAAUCUUUCUUGUUUAUAGGUGACUAAAUACUUAUUUUCCACUCUGAUUACAUAAUACAGACUAUUGUAAUGUCUUCAUGUUGAAGAUAAGUCCGUGUGGUUUCCCGACUUUAUUUAGCUUCUCAUGACAUCAACAUUUGCAGAAUGAAACUAAAAUAAAAAUGAAAUUAAAUCGGUUUCAUCGUCAGUAACAGCAAUUCAAAUUUUUGUCGAUAACUCGCUGCUGACAUAGCAAUAACAAUGAAUACAAACAAUUAGCGUGCAUCAUUUAGCAGCCACACAUAAUCAAAAAUAAUCACACCAACUCGCCCCAAGUAUUUGACCACAAUUGAAAACGCACUAGAAACAGUAAAAAAGGUGUUGCUUGUGGAUGCUUCGAAAGUAAAAAUGUGCGCGCAGGCUCUUUCCUCUCUCACACUCGGCUUCUUCGUGGGAACAAAUGGCUCCUCCUUGUGUAUGUCAUGCGCAAAACUUAGCGUGAGCAAAUAGUUCUUUGUGUGUAAAUGCGCUCUGACUUGCAAGUCUCGCGUGCGGAAGUACUACCUGCCCUACGUUUCCUACGGCAAAAUAAAAGCAUGCAUCACAAAACAAAAGUCAACUUGAUAAAAAAAAUGAUAGGAGACUCCAUCGUCGUAAAGUUGAAAUCACAUCAGUCAUGCCCCUUUCCCACUGAAACUAGUGGGUCAACGCGCGUUUUUUCCAAGCCCAUGCAACCCACUAGCAAUUGGCAUUUGGCACCUUUCCCAUUGACAAAAAAAGCCGCGUUUUUUUUUUCCACCCGUCUAACCCCCCACCCCUCCUCAGCCAUGCGUAAGGUUACGUGACAUCACCACGCUAAGAUGCGCGUCGACAAGUGCGACCGAAUUCAUUCAGUUCAAGGAAGUAAACAAUGCAGAGCAACAUGGAAGCCUCCUUUCCGUUUGUGUUCUCUGUUUUCAUGUUUUUACCGCCCUCAAAAUGGUCGAAAUGCAGCAAAGGCUCAACACUCUACUUCUGCUGAGGGAACGUAGGCGAGGUGAAUUAUGGUUUGUUGUUUGAUCUGCCUUGGCGUCCGGUCGUAGCCUCGAGCUUUUAAUUUGCCAGCAAUAUUUUUAUAAAUUGCUGUGUCUCACACGGUCCCAGACAUCUGUCGCUGAAUCUCCUCUUUUCCAUGGAUGGAAAGGAGCUGGCAGGUCUUAUCAUCUUUCCAAUGCUGGGACAUGUUGUCCAAUGUGGUGUGCUACUGGCUCCCUCUUCUUCUAUUAGCUUUGUUAUGAGCAUCGACGUAACUACGGUUGUGGGGCGUGUUAAAUGGGAGGCAACUGGCACGUUGUUAUGACUCCUUACGUAAGAGCCUAUGUCACCACGUAGAUUAGGGUGUUGACUGUUCACCCGGGGUUUUGCUUCCACACUGCAUGACGAUCAGAGCCGAGGUGAUUUUAACGCGGGUCGCUUGGCGGGUUGAUUGACACGGGUCGAGGCGGGUCGCUGCACCUUUCCCUCUGCCACCAAAAGCCGAUUGUUAGCGGGUUGACACGGGUUUUUUGGCCAGUGGGAAAGGAGUAUCGGGUACAUCGUAACCCAGGGACUACCAGUUUUUCUCUAUUAACAUCUGACAUCAGCAAAUCACGUGUUUUUUUUUUUUUUUUUCC